GAGAGGGGAGCGGGAGUGGGCACGGGCACUGAUGGACCUGCCGGAGGGGACUGUUUACUCAGGUGCUUCACCUUCCAAGCGAUAAUGUAGCAGUGUUGACUCUGAAGCUUUGUUUUACUAUCAGAACGUAAGAACAUGGACACAAUUAUACCAGGUUCCAAGCCAAGGAGACGUUUCCCCAGCAAAUCUGCCCUCAUCCUAGGACUUCUGCUUGGAGUGGCUCUAGUUGGUUUAAUUGCAGUGAUCGUUGCACAGAAUCAUGCAACCAGAAAAAACAACAAAUAUGGUAUUGUGCUGGAUGCCGGCUCUUCUCACACAAGCAUGUAUGUAUAUCAGUGGCCAGCAGAGAAGGCGAAUGACACAGGAAUAGUGAAGCAGGUUGAAGUGUGCGAAGUUAAAGGGCCAGGGAUCUCGUCAUAUGCCCAUGAUGCUGAAAAAGCUGGGAUGUCCCUAAAGCAGUGCAUGGAUAGGGCAAAGGCGGUAGUGCCAGCAGGAAAAUCUCAAGAGACUCCUGUUUACUUGGGGGCGACAGCUGGCAUGCGGUUACUGAGAAUGCAGAACAAGGAUGCUGCUGAGAAGGUCCUCUCUGAAGUGGAAGCAGCACUGCGCUUAUACCCUUUCAGUUUCCAGGGUGCCAGGAUCCUCAGCGGUGGGGAAGAAGGUGCCUAUGGCUGGAUCACUGUCAAUUAUCUGCUGGGCAAUUUUAAGGAGUCUAUCUUGCCAAGACUUCUGCCCCAUAUAUUCUCCAGUCGGGGGACAACAGGGGCAUUGGACCUUGGAGGAGCUUCCACACAGAUAACGUUUGUACCAGACCAGGAAAAGAUCGAGUCACAAGGAGAUAUUGUGAAUUUCUAUCUGUAUGGGAAGAACUACACUGUAUAUACGCACAGCUUUCUGUGUUACGGGAAGGACCAGGCACUACGCCUGAAGCUGGUCAAAGACAUCCAGGGAAAACUGUCUGAGAGAUACCCGGAUCCAUGUUUCCACCCUGGUUAUAAGAGGACAGUAAAAGUUUCUGACUUGCUCACAAACCCCUGCACUGCUGGUACUUUUCCUUCCCCAUCGUUCUUGAAUAUUGAAGUUGAGGGCACUGGGAACUAUGAAAACUGCCAGGGCAGCAUCCAGAGAAUCUUCAAUCUUACCCACUGCCCCUAUUCCAAAUGUUCAUUCAAUGGCAUUUUUUUACCUCCUGUGCAAGGUGAAUUUGCGGCAUUUUCUGCUUUUUACUAUGUAAUGGACUUUCUAAAUGUGACAACAGCACCUAUGGAUGAAGCGGUACAGAAAAUCAAGGCCUUCUGCUCCAAACCCUGGGAUGAGGUGAAGGCAGAGUUUCCGGGGGUAAAAGAGAAGUACUUAAGCGAGUACUGCUUCGCAGGAGUUUACAUAAUGUUACUGCUCGGCAAGAGCUACCACUUCACUGAGGAGAACUGGUCGUACAUCCACUUCCUGGGAAAGAUUGGUAACAGUGAUGCUGGAUGGACUCUGGGCUACAUGCUGAACCUUACCAACAUGAUCCCUGCAGAGAAGCCCUAUACACUCCCCCUAUCCCACAUUACCUAUAUUAGCCUUCUGGUCAUCUGUUCCCUUAUGGUAGCAGCCCUGCUCCUCCUAGGCUUCUUGUUUUUUCAUCAACCAAAGUGCAUGAGAAAGGCAAUUAUUUAAGUUGGGUUUGGCCUAGCCUAGCCCAGAGCUGAACUUCAGUAAAGGUCAGAGAGCAGUGCUGUUUUGAUUUAUUCUGCUGAAGUGACUGACUCCAUCGAAGACCUUUUGCACCACUUUCUUCAGCAAUGACAAACACUCAAAAUAACAACAUGUUGCUCUUCCGUCCUCUUCCCCAUUUUGGAGACUUGCGUCCCAUCCUGUUUCUGAAUGGGGGCUGGCAGUAGGGGCCUUGGGUGUUGUAUUAAAUGCCUAUUUCUCUCAGGUCUGUGCUUUUGUGUAUUGACUUGCUCCCAGGAAUGCAACCCCGGGAGGCAUCCAGUCCAAAAUGAACCAUGCAGGGUGAGACUCAACAUGGCAGGAGCAACUGCUGUCUGUGUCACAUACUCCCUUUCACUUCCUCUGAGAAGAUCAACAAGUCAUACAAAAUGCUGCUCAUUGGCUCUGCCCCAUGUAUGACAAUUGAACCAGCAGUUACAAGCCUUAUCUGUGUGUGGAAAUCUGUGCAAAGCUUUGCCUUCUUCCAGGAGGCAAAGCCAUUUGACAAUAGCCUGAUUGCUAUGUCUGCGCAUCAGCCAGGAAAAGGGAAUGACCCUUGCUCUGCAGAAGCUGACACCGGUUGCCGAUCAAAAACGCGUCUUUCACAAAACAUUAAUCUGGGAGAGAAUGUCCGCUUCUGAGUGCUGUCGCUGCUAUGUGGUCAGAGGACUGUGUGCUACUGGACUAUCUGUGAAUUGUUUGGGUUAAUCAAGGUGAUCUGCAAACAGCUGGUUCCUAUUGGCUGCAUAGCUGUUGUCAUCAAGAGCAGCAGAAAAUUUCAGAAAUUGUGAAGGAUGGGGGUGGGGAAAAUAAAAUCUUUGCAACUUCUUUCACAUCCUUCCAGCUGAGAAGCUCUCGGAGUACAGGAUGUAUCCUUGCACCCCAGACUCUCCAGCACUAACAGAGGGAUGCAGCUCAUUAAUUAAGAAGAGACUUUUCUCUUCUUGGAUCAAAUAACAUAGUGAUUGAUUUGCACUUUGAUGUAACUGGAAAUGAGGGAUUCACAUGGUCAAAGCCUUCCUGGCCCUCUUCUGGCAAGGAAGACAACUUGCUAUCUAACCUGCUGAAGCCUGUCAGAAAGUUUCUGUCCUUCCGGUGAUGCUGCUCGCCCAAAGCUGCAAUGGGAAGUUUCCCCAUCUAACCAGCCAUUUGCCAUUCCUUGCCACUUCUAUGAAAUCCCACUGUAUUGCCGCUGUAGGGAAGCUGCAUAUAUGCCCAGUUCCCAUUUGGCUGGAGGAAAGGUUUGAAAGGAGGGACUUCUUUGCUGUGACUUUGUUCUAGCAGUGAUGAAAAUACAGUUGUCUGCAGAUUUAAGUGCUUUCCUAAUGGCAGGAAGAAGGCAAGCUUCAAGGAUCCAUACAUCUAACUGGAUGCAGGAGGGUUUAUGUGGCAGGCUGAGCUUCAUAUGGAGACCAAUGGGCAAUCAUUUGCCAGUGUGAAGUAUAGAAGGUGCAUAUCCUGUUUUUAGAUUGCUUUGCCAGUCUUUAAUAGCCUCCUGCUGUGGAAAUGCCAUGGGAUUUUUUGAUUAAUUGUGAUCCCCGGGUAGAAGAGAGAUGAAGAGAGGGAGGUCACAUUGGGAGUAUAGGAGCCUUGAAAAUAUUGCACGGUGCUGUCAAGGAUUCAGAGGCUGACUUUGUUGAGUCAGCACAUAUUUAACAUUCAUACUUCUAACAUUCAUGGUCCUGAAGUGCCUUUUAGCAUUUAGGAGAGAUGAAGGUGGCUGUGCUGGUGCUUAAUCCAUCAUAGCUGUCCUCAUUCCAAUGCAUGUUGACAUUGAGGUAGGUACAGAUACCUACUAAAUACAAAGUAGUGAUGAAAAUACAGUUGUCUGCAAAUUUAAGUCUUCCUCAGAUCAAACUCAGGAGAAACUUUGUUUCUAGUUUGUAGCCAAAGCUGAGUUUGCCGCUUUAGCUCGAAUUGGUUGGUGCUGGUAUCAGUCAUAAAAUCCUCUUCUCUCUUCUCAGAGCAGUUUUUCAAGAGUAAAAAAAAAAAGUUUUAAAGUUUUAAAAAAAUAAUACAGCAUUAAGCAAUUGUUUUAUAAUAUUAACCAUACAAGUCAUGACAAAAAAUGGACAGUCUGCCUGAGGAAUGGCAGAGGAACCAAUGAGAAAGUGGCAGUCAGCAUUCAGUGUGGAGGCUUUGCACAUUCCCUUUGAGAACCGAAGGCAGGAGGUAACAGAACUCACCUCCCAGGAGAAAAAUCCACACACACUCCUCCUGUUCUCCGGUAUCUCUGCUCUGUAUAGUCUUAAAUGGUAAAUUUGGUGUAGUGGUUAAGAGUGGCAGGACUGUAAUCUGGAGAACCGGGUUUGAUUCCCCACUCCUCCACUUGAAGCCAGCUGGGUAACCUUGGAUCAGUCACAGCUUCUAGGAGCUCUCUCAGCCCACCCACCUCACAGCAUGAUUAUUAUUGUGGGGAUAAUAAUAGCAUACUUUGUAAACCGCUCUGUGUGGGUGUUAAGUUGUCCUGAAGGUCAGUAUAUAAAUCAAAUAUUAUUAUUAAAACAUGAAGAGAUCCUUUAAAUGUCAGCAAUCCUUUGCAAGUAAAUAUUUCAGUAAGAGAAUUAAAAGUAAAACAUUAUUUGGCAGUUUGGUUUUCAAAUCAAUUCUCUCUGCCUCCCACCCUAAUACUUCUUAUAGCAAGGAAGUAGGAAGAGGAAAUGCUCUUUUGCUAAGAUUGGGCAAGUUUUCCUUGCAUAUGUGCAUGCGCAGUUGCAUGGAAAUAAAAUGCAUGUGCCACCACCUCAUGUGAAGACUCGUAUAGUUUACACAGAUAUUUCUACUCGUACACUACUGCUUUCCUUAUAGGAAAUGCAUGUAACUUGUAGAAAUGAACCAUGGUGACAAAGGCAGAAGGGCAGUUUUCUAACAGAAGAAUGUCUGCAGGGAUCGAUUGAGUGGCUGGCAUCAGAACUGAAUGGCUACCAGCUCUUCCCCUCCUCUGUAUCUCUGCGCUAGGGACAGCGUCCUGUGUUCCUCUCUCCACUGAGAUUGGAGGAAAACAAUUUUAAAGUUCCUCUUCUCCAUCGAACCCAGGCGGCUCUGUCUUUGAAAACAGUCUUUGAAAAGCUCUUCACCUCACCUGCCUUCCUGUGCUAGGGACAUAACGCUGUUUUCAACUACAGUUCCCAGAUAAAAUUGUAUCCCCAACACAUUUAAAAACCCGUGUCUGGUGUCAUAGUUCUAAAGUCUUCACUUCUAUGCCUUGAUUUGCUUGGGAUCAAAAAGACAAAAUCCCGUUGUCUCCUUCCUUCCUGCUACUGCUAGCAGCCAUGCAGCAUCAGAACCCUACUGUCUGAAGAUGACGCCAUGUAACCUGCCCUAAUAUUUCAGCCUCUAGCAAUUCAUUUCAUCUGAUUAACUUACACCUCAUGUACUGCCUACCCUGCUUUUGGUCCCGGGGGUUGAUUUAAAACCCUUCAGCAAUAUGCUGAUGCAGACGAACAAUGGGGAAGGAGGUAGGCUGCAAGUCAAGUCAAGGAUUGUCAUUUCUGCUAGUUCUUCUGCACUAUGGCUGAGGAGUAUAAAAUCUGUUCUUGCCAGCAGCUUAGACACAAUGGUCAUGUUUGCAGUCCUAGAGGAUGGUCGGAUGCAGGGGAUGUGCUCUUGCCAUGCUGUGUUGUACAGUAUCCUUGAUAAAACUUUGUCCCCAGACUUUGCUUUUCAGUCCAAAGGAAGCAGACUAUUCAUGCACAUGUAAACCUCUAUAUUUGUAUUAAAGAUGUGUUGAUUCAUA